AGUUCACCGAGUUCCAUGCUAGCGCUCAAGAUUCGAAGAGAAAGUUCCCUCCAAUUUGCAUGUCAUGGCACGAGCAGAGAGUUGUGGCCUGCUUUUACAAUGCAAGACUGGGUAACCACGGCCGUUGGCAAAGAGGCCGCCUGCAAUAUUUAAAUUACGUCCAAUGGAAGCGCCCGUGAACUUUGAGAGCCAGUGGCGUAGGUGUGCCGUUGGCUUCCAGCACAGUGGGCGUGUUGCCUCCAGUUAAUAAGCUGUUUGUUUAGCUCGAUUCCCGUCAGACUCUUCUUACCUGCAGACUACCUUUAUUGCACCCCGCAAGUCUACAACAGCAACAGCAACAAAAAUUUUGCAGAAUGGGCGAGAAUCCCUGCAAAAAAGAAGUGGAGAAUUUCAGGAAAGAAAAUCUGCGGAAGACUGAAACACACAUGAAAGACGGACCUCCAUCUCAGAAGGAAAUUGACGAGGAAAAGAGAAUGAUGGAAGAAUGUUCCAAUCCCGUCUCGAAGGAAGUGGAGAACUUUAACAAGAAAAGGCUGCGGAAGACCUCAACAGAGGAGCAUAACAGACUUCCGACUCAAAAGGAAAUUGAUGAUGAAAAGAACAUGAUGAAAGCUGAAAGAAAAUGACUCCCCCACUCGCUCAAGCUCGGCUUCGUCUCGCCUUCUUCUCUAUGAUACCCUCCCAUCUCCUGCCUUUUUUUUAUGUAAUUUCGAAAUGAACAGAGUGAACUUUUGGUUUGCUUUUUAAGAAAGAUUUUGAUGUAUUUUUUUUUUGUCCCAUUUAAAACUACUGUGGGAAAUGUACUGUAUUACAAUUCAGCUCAAUGCCAAUACCUGCCCACUUGUUUUGAAUUUAAUUUGACACAAUGUAACGACAAGACUUAUAUUUGUGUGAGAGUGCUAAAUAAUGCUCUGUGAAAUUAUCCUUUGAGAACAAGCAUGCUUUAUUGCUGUCAGAGCAAUUGUGACAAAUCAUUUCAUGUUUGUGAAUGCUCUAAUUUACACAAUAAAGAUGUAUGGCAGGUCGGCAUGUCA